AUGUUUUGUUUAAAGAGAGCUAUUAAGCAUUCCUCUGCUUUUAAGCCAUUAAUUGCUAGAACUUAUGCCGCUACAUCAAAGGGUAUUGAUGGCAUUCAAGAAGGAGUUGCGUAUUCCAACCUAUUGAAAAGAGAUCCUGAUGAAGCAUUUCGUUCACCAGAACUUGCUCAUAUGAGCGCAAAUAAUAGCGGAACAACCAAAAUGAAUCUAUUCCAAGCUGUCAAUGACGCCAUGUCUAUCGCACUCACAACAGAUGAUAAAGCAGUCGUUUUUGGUGAAGAUGUAUCAUUUGGUGGUGUAUUCAGAGCAACAUCUGGUUUAGCAGAACAAUUUGGUCGUGAUCGUGUGUUUAACACACCAUUAACAGAACAAGGUAUAGCAGGUUUUGCUAUUGGUAUGGCUGCCGUAGGACAUACAGCUAUAGCAGAAAUUCAAUUUGCAGACUAUAUCUUUCCUGCUUUCGAUCAAAUUGUUAAUGAAGCAGCCAAAUUCCGCUAUAGAUCAGGAAAUCAAUUCAAUGUGGGUGGAUUAACCAUCAGGUCUCCUUCUUCUGCUGUAGGCCAUGGCGGUCAUUAUCACUCUCAGAGUCCCGAAGCAUUCUUCACACACUGUCCAGGUUUAAAAAUAGUGACACCCAGAAGCCCUAUUCAGGCAAAGGGUCUACUAUUAGCAUCCAUUCGCGAUAGAAACCCUGUUAUAUUCUUUGAACCCAAGAUUCUUUACCGUGCAGCAGUUGAAGAAGUCCCUGUAGGUGACUAUGAGCUUCCUUUAGGAAAAGCCGAGAUUUUAAAAAAGGGCACAGAUGUCACAAUAGUUGGAUAUGGUUCACAGAUAUACGCCCUAGAAAACGCCAUUCAACUGGCAGAGAAGAGAUUACCUGGUAUAAGCUGUGAAUUGAUUGAUCUUCGAACAAUUAUGCCUUGGGAUGUUGAUACAGUGGUCGAGUCUGUCAAGAAGACAGGAAGACUGGUGAUUGCUCAUGAAGCGCCCAAGACUGGAGGUGUUGCAGCUGAGGUUGCUUCUACAGUUAUGGAGCACUGCUUCCUCAAUUUGGAGGCACCCAUUCAACGAGUCUGUGGUUGGGAUACGCCCUUCCCUCUUGCUUUUGAAAAGUUCUAUGUUCCUAGCAUGGUUAGAUGCUAUGAUGCCAUUAAGACAGCCAUGGAAUAUUAA